AUGGGUCAUUCCUCUUCUUGGUCUCCUUUCCUCCCUCAAUCUCACUCUCAGACUUCUCCUCAGAGUAGACAUAUCCUCUGCAUCAGACUCUUCCAUCUCUUUGAUCAUCCUCUCCAAAUCGGCUUGCAUCUUAAGCCUUCUUUCCUUGCAUUGCUUGAUUCACCCUCAACCAUUCUCCUCUGUGAAGCGCCUUCCCUCACUGUUUGUCAUCUCUUGUUACACUGUUUCUUCACUAAAGUACCUGAAAUGCAUCAAAGAUUACAAAGAAUUAGAGUUGUAAUGAUCGGUUUGGUCAACUCGACACUCAGCUCGAUCGAGUCAAAAAACUCGAGUGACAAACUCGAUCGAGCUAGGUGA